UCCAAAAACUUCCAAGGAACUCGCGGCUCCAAGUCUCAGGCGGCAGGCACGAGCGAUGCUGGAGCCUCGGGCGCUCCGGGAGCCGACAGCGUCGGCCGUGGCGGCGGAGGGGGCGACCGCGGGGAUGGCGGAGGCAACGGGGAGCGCGGUGCCGGCCGGAGCCGGGAUGGCCGAGAAGAAAAAAGCCGGCAACGGCAGGAAGGGGAGGAAAGGCAAGAAGCCCGCUCCGCCGGAGGAGGGCGAGGCACCCGGGUCCGCCACAGCGGUGCCUCCCAAAUUGAAGGAAAUGAAAAACCAAGAGGCUGCUGUGGGUCAGAAGCUAGUGCUAAGGUGUGAAACCACUUCAGAGUACCCCGCACUCAGAUUCAAAUGGUUAAAGAAUGGAAAGGAGAUAACCAAAAAAAACAGACCGGAAAAUAUCAAGAUCCCAAAAAAGCAAAAGAAAUACUCUGAGCUUCACAUUUACAGAGCCACAUUGGCUGAUGCUGGGGAAUAUGUAUGCAGAGUGAGCAGCAAGCUAGGAAAUGACAGUACUAAAGCCAGUGUUAUCAUCACAGACACCAAUGAGAGCACCAGCAAGAUACCAGUAUCAACAGAAGGGACAAAAACUUCUUCACAACCCAUACCUAGGAUACUGUCUUCAACAGAAGGAACAAACACUUCCUCCUGUAAGUAUAUACAAGUUGUUUAAAUUAUUGCUGGCAAGACCUCAAAAACAGUUCUCAUUUCUUAGCUCAGCACAAAAAUGUGCUUCUGUCUAAACCUGUGUUGAGAGAUCAGGAGUGACUGGGU